UUGCUUCUUCAUUUUCCGUCUCUGCAGAGAGCUUCUCUCAGGGAGAUAAGAGGAUCCGAUCUAUUAACUGAACCGACAAAUUUCAAAAACAAGGAUCGAAAAACAGAAAACAAAGACCGAAACACACAAGAAAAAAGGGAGGGAAAAAGAACAAGUGAACUUUCAGUUUCUACUUCCGGAGCGAAUCCAAAGCUAGGGUUUUGUUCAAAUCGGAUCGCCAAUGGAUUUGCGAUUCCCUUACUCUCCGGCGGAAGUCGCCAAGGUCCGGAUGGUCCAGUUCGGGAUACUCAGCCCUGAUGAAAUUAGGCAAAUGUCCGUGGUGCAGAUUGAGCAUAGUGAAACCACUGAGAGGGGAAAACCGAAGCUUGGUGGAUUGAGCGAUCCACGGCUGGGAACAAUUGAUAGAAAGAUGAAGUGUGAGACUUGUACGGCAAAUAUGGCGGAGUGUCCUGGGCAUUUUGGGCAUCUAGAACUCGCUAAGCCUAUGUUCCAUAUUGGGUUUAUGAAGACUGUUCUUAGUAUAAUGCGAUCUGUUUGCUUCAAUUGCUCAAAAAUUCUAGCUGACGAGGAGGACCAUAAAUUUAAGCAGGCAUUAAAGAUAAAGAAUCCAAAGAAUAGGCUUAAAAAGAUAUUGGAUGCUUGCAAGAACAAAACCAAAUGUGAGGGUGGUGAUGAACUUGAUGUCCAAGGUCAAGACACAGAAGAACCAGUGAAAAAGAGUCGUGGUGGCUGUGGUGCUCAGCAGCCAAAGCUGACUAUUGAUGGUAUGAAGAUGAUUGCAGAGUACAAGGCUCCAAGGAAGAAGAAUGAUGAUCAGGAACAACUUCCUGAACCCGUGGAAAGAAAACAGACCCUAACUCCUGAUAAGGUUCUUAGCGUCUUGAAGAGGAUAAGUGAUGAGGACUGCAUGCUGUUAGGCUUGAAUCCUAAGUAUGCUCGUCCAGAUUGGAUGAUUCUUCAAGUACUUCCGAUACCUCCACCUCCCGUGAGACCCUCUGUGAUGAUGGACACCUCUUCCAGGAGUGAGGAUGACUUAACCCAUGCAUUGGCGAUGAUUAUAAGGCACAAUGAAAAUUUGAGGAGGCAAGAGAGGAAUGGUUCCCCUGCACAUAUCAUUUCGGAGUUUGCACAGUUGUUGCAGUUCCAUGUAGCCACGUACUUUGAUAAUGAGUUGCCUGGGCUGCCAAGGGCUACCCAAAGAUCUGGAAGACCUAUUAAAUCAAUUUGUAGCAGGCUUAAGGCAAAAGAAGGACGAAUUAGAGGCAACUUAAUGGGAAAACGUGUUGACUUCUCAGCAAGAACAGUUAUCACACCAGAUCCGAAUAUCAACAUUGAUGAACUUGGAGUUCCAUGGAGCAUUGCAUUAAAUCUCACAUAUCCGGAAACUGUGACGCCAUAUAACAUUGAAAGGUUGAAGGAGCUUGUUGAGUAUGGGCCGCAUCCACCACCUGGCAAGACAGGUGCUAAGUAUAUUAUAAGGGAUGAUGGGCAAAGGCUGGAUCUUCGUUAUUUGAAGAAAAGUAGCGACCAUCACUUAGAGCUUGGCUAUAAGGUGGAGCGACAUCUGCAAGAUGGAGACUUUGUCCUUUUCAAUCGUCAACCAAGUCUUCAUAAAAUGUCUAUAAUGGGGCACAAGAUCAAGAUCAUGCCAUACUCAACUUUUCGUUUGAAUUUGUCUGUUACUUCACCAUAUAAUGCGGAUUUUGAUGGUGAUGAAAUGAACAUGCAUGUUCCUCAAUCAUUUGAAACAAGAGCAGAGGUGCUGGAGCUCAUGAUGGUUCCCAAGUGCAUUGUAUCCCCUCAAUCAAAUAGGCCUGUAAUGGGGAUUGUCCAGGAUACUCUUUUAGGAUGCCGGAAAAUCACCAAGAGGGAUACUUUCAUCGAAAAGGAUGUUUUUAUGAACAUCUUAAUGUGGUGGGAGGAUUUUGAUGGAAAGGUUCCAGCUCCUGCAAUUUUGAAGCCACGGCCUCUUUGGACUGGGAAACAAGUUUUUAACCUUAUCAUACCUAAGCAGAUCAAUCUGCUGAGAACUUCUAUGUGGCAUUUAGACAGUGAGACAGGGUUUAUAACUCCUGGGGAUACUCAAGUUCGAAUAGAAAAGGGGGAAUUGCUUUCUGGAACCCUUUGCAAGAAGACUCUUGGAACAUCUUCUGGAAGUCUUAUACAUGUUAUUUGGGAAGAGGUUGGUCCAGAUGCAGCCCGCAAAUUUUUGGGACAUACUCAGUGGCUUGUUAACUAUUGGUUGUUGCAGAAUGGCUUUAGCAUAGGUAUUGGAGAUACAAUUGCAGAUGCACAGACAAUGGAAAAAAUCAAUGAAACUAUUUCUAAAGCUAAAGAGAAAGUGAAAGAACUGAUCAGCAAAGCCCAAGCCAAGGAGUUAGAGCCUGAGCCAGGGAGAACCAUGAUGGAAUCUUUUGAAAACAAAGUGAACCAGGUGUUGAAUAGAGCUCGUGAUGAUGCUGGAAACAGUGCACAGAAGAGCUUAUCGGAAAGUAACAACCUUAAAGCCAUGGUUACAGCUGGUUCAAAGGGAAGUUUCAUCAACAUAUCCCAGAUGACAGCUUGUGUGGGACAGCAAAAUGUUGAAGGCAAGCGAAUACCAUUUGGUUUUAUUGACCGGACAUUACCUCACUUCACUAAAGAUGAUUAUGGGCCAGAAAGUCGUGGUUUUGUGGAAAAUUCAUACCUUCGUGGGUUGACCCCACAAGAAUUCUUUUUUCAUGCUAUGGGUGGUAGGGAAGGUCUUAUAGAUACUGCAGUGAAGACCUCUGAGACUGGUUACAUACAGAGGCGACUUGUAAAGGCAAUGGAGGAUAUUAUGGUUAAAUAUGAUGGGACUGUUAGAAACUCAUUAGGGGAUGUUAUUCAGUUUCUCUAUGGUGAAGAUGGUAUGGAUUCAGUCUGGAUAGAAUCCCAGAAGCUGGAUUCAUUGAAGAUGAAGAAAUCAGAAUUUGAUAGGGUGUUCAGAUAUGAUAUUGAUGAUGACAACUGGAAUCCAACUUCAUACAUGAUGCCAGAACAUAUUGACGACUUGAGAACUAUCCAAGAAUUGCGUGAUGUGUUUGAAGCUGAAGUUCAAAAGCUUGAAGCUGAUAGAUACCAGCUUGGUACUGAGAUUGCAAUUACAGGUGAUAACAGUUGGCCUUUGCCUGUGAACCUCAAAAGGCUCAUCUGGAAUGCACAGAAGACUUUUAAGGUUGACUUUAGAAGGGUGUCAGAUUUGCACCCUGUUGAAAUUGUGGAUUCAGUUGAUAAGCUGCAGGAGAGAUUGAAGGUUGUUCCUGGUACUGAUCCUUUGAGUGUGGAAGCUCAGAAGAAUGCGACUCUCUUCUUUUGCAUUCUGCUUCGUAGUACUUUAGCCAGUAAAAGAGUGUUACAGGAAUACAGACUCACUAAAGAAGCAUUUGAGUGGGUUAUAGGUGAGAUUGAGUCCAGAUUCUUACAGUCAUUGGUAGCACCUGGGGAAAUGAUUGGUUGUGUUGCUGCACAAUCAAUUGGUGAGCCUGCUACUCAGAUGACUCUUAAUACCUUCCACUAUGCUGGUGUGAGUGCAAAGAAUGUCACCCUUGGUGUCCCAAGGUUGAGGGAAAUUAUUAAUGUGGCUAAGAAAAUCAAAACACCAUCUCUUUCAGUCUACCUGUCGCCCGAAGCUAGUAAGACAAAGGAGAAGGCUAAGAAUGUUCAAUGUGCUUUGGAAUAUACUACUCUCCGUAGUGUUACUCAGGCUACUGAAGUGUGGUAUGAUCCAGACCCAAUGAGCACAAUUAUUGAUGAGGAUGUGGAGUUUGUGAAGUCCUAUUAUGAAAUGCCAGAUGAGGAGGUUGCCCCAGAGAAAAUCUCCCCUUGGCUUCUUCGUAUAGAACUGAACCGUGAAAUGAUGAUUGAUAAGAAGUUAAGCAUGGCUGAUAUUGCUGAGAAAAUCAACCUGGAAUUUGAUGAUGACUUGACUUGCAUAUUCAAUGAUGAUAAUGCUGAAAAAUUGAUCCUUCGUAUUCGUAUCAUGAAUGAUGAAGCCCCUAAAGGAGAAUUGAAUGAUGAAUCAGCUGAAGAUGAUGUAUUCCUGAAGAAGAUUGAGAGUAACAUGUUGACAGAAAUGGCUCUUCGAGGUAUACCAGAUAUCAACAAGGUGUUUAUUAAACAUGGUAAAGUAAGCAAAUUUGAUGAGAAUGAAGGAUUUAAGACUGCUGAGGAGUGGAUGCUGGAUACAGAAGGUGUCAAUCUUUUGGCUGUUAUGUGUCAUGAGGACGUUGAUUCAAAGAGGACAACAAGCAAUCAUUUGAUUGAAGUUAUUGAGGUUCUUGGAAUAGAAGCAGUUCGUCGUGCCUUGCUGGAUGAAUUGCGGGUUGUGAUAUCCUUUGAUGGAUCCUAUGUGAAUUACAGGCAUUUGGCUAUCCUCUGUGAUACUAUGACGUAUCGUGGCCACUUGAUGGCUAUCACUCGUCAUGGCAUUAACCGCAAUGAUACUGGACCGAUGAUGAGAUGCUCAUUUGAAGAAACUGUGGAUAUUCUCCUUGAUGCUGCAGUUUAUGCCGAGUCUGAUUAUUUGAGGGGUGUCACUGAGAAUAUAAUGUUGGGUCAACUUGCCCCAAUUGGUACAGGAGACUGUGCCUUGUAUCUCAAUGAUGAGAUGUUGAAGAAUGCUAUUGAACUUCAGCUACCCAGUUAUAUGGAAGGUCUUGAUUUUGGCAUGACACCAGCUCGUUCACCAAUCUCUGGAACACCCUAUCAUGAGGGCAUGAUGUCUCCGAGUUACUUGCUGAGCCCAAAUCUCCGUCUCUCACCUAUCACAGAUGCUCAGUUUUCUCCAUAUGUUGGUGGAAUGGCAUUUUCUCCUACUUCAUCCCCAGGUUACAGUCCUUCAUCUCCUGGCUACAGUCCUUCCUCUCCUGGCUACAGUCCAACCUCUCCUGGUUACAGUCCAACCUCUCCUGGUUACAGUCCAACCUCUCCUGGGUACAGCCCUACAUCACCGACCUAUAGUCCAAGUUCACCUGGUUAUAGUCCUACAAGUCCAGCAUACUCUCCGACAAGUCCCUCCUAUUCACCAACAUCACCUAGUUACAGCCCGACGUCACCAAGCUACAGCCCGACAUCUCCGAGCUACAGCCCAACAUCUCCAAGCUACAGCCCGACGUCUCCUAGUUACAGUCCAACUUCACCUAGUUAUAGUCCCACCUCACCAGCUUAUAGUCCCACCUCCCCUGCUUAUAGUCCAACCUCCCCUGCUUACAGCCCAACCUCCCCAUCUUACAGCCCAACCUCCCCAUCCUACAGCCCAACCUCCCCAUCCUACAGCCCAACUUCACCUUCCUACAGUCCCACAUCACCAUCAUACAGUCCAACCUCUCCAGCCUAUAGCCCCACUUCCCCUGGCUACAGUCCAACAUCACCUAGUUACAGUCCCACUUCGCCAAGUUAUAGCCCUACAUCACCAAGUUACAAUCCUCAGUCAGCAAAGUACAGUCCAUCUUUGGCAUACUCACCGAGCAGUCCAAGAUUAUCUCCUUCGAGUCCUUAUAGUCCAACUUCACCAAAUUACAGUCCUACUUCACCAUCAUAUUCACCAACUUCUCCAACUUACUCUCCUUCAAGCCCAACAUACAGUCCUAGCAGCCCAUAUAACUCUGGAGGACCAGACUACAGCCCUAGCUCACCACAGUAUAGUCCUAGUGCUGGAUACUCACCAAGUGCUCCAGGGUAUUCACCUUCAUCAACAAGUCAGUACUCCCCAACAAGCAACAAGGAUGACCGGGGCACUAAGGAUGACAGGAGCACUAAGGAUGACAGGAGCAGUAGAGAUGACAGGAGUACACGUUAAUGCAAACCAAUUUUGAAGAGCUUGAGGAAGUGAAAGUGCUCCCUUCAACACUGACAAAAAAGUAGGGUUUUUGUGGGGAAGUUCAUCUGAUCAACAAUUCAGCUUGUUCAUUGGCUGUCCGCUUGAUCAAAUUUACUGUAUCACAAAUCCUCCAUGUAUGAUGAGAACUCAAUAUGAACUGUGAUUGAAGAUUUGUUAAUGUUUCUGAAUUGUAUGAUGUGAUGCACUAGAUACUGUGUUUCAAUGGCUUAUCCUGGGGCCACAGGUUGUUCAACUAUCAAAAUAGUUAAAUGGACACCAUAAUUCCCCAAUGUUCUUUUCCCAGUAUAAAUACUAAGGUCUGACUUUCUGCUAUGUUGAAGGAAUAAAAUUAUUCCCUUUUU